AGUGGUGUACUCAAGAGGCCGGUCCAAAUGACUCGUUCUUAACCCUGGCGCACACGUGUACCAAUAAUGGAGAAUCUCCACGUCACCAAUAGCAGCGACAACUUGGUGUCCGUGCGGAGUGACGCUUUGUCGAGGCUCUUCAGCAUCUUUCUCUCGGUGCACCGGCACUCGGGAGACAUCAAUACGCCCGACAAGCAAUGGCUAUUGGAGGACCCGAAUAACACGCUCGGAAUUCUGGCAAUGACGAACAGCUCCUCAUCGGCAGUUUCAUUGUCCGCCACUUCCGCCGUGCCUGCAGAGUUCGGGGCUCCUGUGGUCGUGGCCCCUGCGGCCCUCCGCGAUGACGUAGAGAUGCUGCUGUCGGUGAUGCUGACCACCGCGUGUGUCUUCCUCUGCUUCAUGUUUCUGCUAGCCAUCAAAUGCUGUGCCAAUCUGUGCUGCAUCAACCUGCUCUACUGCAUUGCUCACUGUGGUCGUCGACCGAUCUUGGCGACGCCAGACCCAAGGAUCGUAGAGCCUGUUGUGGUGCGAUUGCUACCAGAUCGUGCUUCAUUGGAGCGGCUCUUGCACGAAGAGGGUAGCGGCAAAAAGAAGGAAGCAUCGCGGAUGGAGAAGAAAAAGUUCUACAAGCGCAGUGUGUGAAGGAUUCCAGCCAUGUCCGAGCACAUGCAGGCAACGGAAGGCCAGUCCUGCAGUCUUGUGCGAACAUGUUCGCAUUGGCGCAAGGGCUGUACGCAGACGCAUAGGAAAACCAAAUUUGUACAGGCUAUAUGCUCAGCUCACAUAUUUCAAUUAUAAAUGACAUAAUGAACGAAGUAUAGGUGGAAAUUUGCAAGUGAGAGCAAACGUAGUGAGCUGUACGGGAGACUUCACCAGCUGCCCAAUCAGAUCAAAAACGAAACUGCUACUAUGCCAAUAGCACCCAUUUAAUUUCCCCUUCAGGUGCGAAUCACGAUGAAAUGUCUGUUGGUGUCUAAAUUUCGCACAACAUAGCUUUAAUGCACUUCAUAUUACAUUCAAAUAAAGAAUUUAAGAAAUU